AUGGAAACAAUAGAUGCGAACGAGUACUUGAUUCAAUUCUUAGGAAGUAUUGAUAAUCUUCCAUCAGAAAUCAAUUAUCAUUUUACCGAGUUGUCAAAUAAAGAACGAGAGAUUGAUGAUUUAACGAGAAGGAUUGAACGACGUAAAAAAAGGUUAUGGUGCUUAUAUGACGGUGUACCAUUUGAAGAGGAUAUUAUAACUGAGUUCGAGGACGAGGAAAUGUUGAAGGAAAAGAUUUCAAAAGAUUUAGAUAGAAUAGCACUACUGCAAGAUGAAAAAAUUGAAAUCUCUGGUAAAGCUUUAGCAUUAGUUGAAAGGCAUAUUAAACGUCUUGAUGAAGAUUUUGAUAGUCUAUUUCCUCAUCAAAAUCUUCGUGAUUCCUCAACAACAAUUCCAACAAGUCCUGGUAGAUUAGAAUCACCUAUUAAGUCACUACAAAUAAUUACCCAGCAUGCAAACAUAAAUAUACUUUAUCCUUCUACAAGUAUGGAAACAGAAGAAGGUCAAUUUAGUAUGUAA